AUGUCGAAGGAAAAUGGUUCACCCCAGGAAGGCUCGGCGGCCAAUCCCAAUACGAGAGAUUCGAGGAGACUGUCGCUGUGGCAUAUGUCAAUAUCGGCGCAUACGUCUCCCAGCCCCGACAGCGCUGUUCAAGGAGGACGCUCCGAGAAACCUUCUCCUGAUAGAACGCCUCUCAACUUGAGAGAUCUCCUCAAGGAGGGACUGUCCAUUGGGGAUGCUCCGGAAGAAGCACGUUCCUGGCUUAUUGGUUUCGGAGAUCUCAAACCGGGCACAGACGUCUCUCGCAGAUUUCUCAACCUUCGGGAAGAGCACCAUGGUGAUCAGGGUGCCACCUCAUUGCUAUCUUUGCUGAUCCAAUGGAUGCCUCUGUGGUCGCACAAGGCCGAAAAGGCUCGAAAGGAGAUCAGGAACUCGAAGUCGGGAUCUCUCAAAGAUCAGAAGAGUCUUGAUUGGUUGCUUCAGUAUAUCUGCGACUACCUGGAACUAGGUCACUCUGACUUUGAUCCGCUGGAGUUAUCCCGCACGGUGGAGACUACCACUACCCUAUGCCUCAAUGCUAGCCGUCAAGGGGAUAUUAAUGGAGGCAUAAAUAUCCUCUACACCAUAAUGUCGCAUUUCGAAUAUCCUAGAAGUGGGCUCGAUCAAACCCUCGUGGUAUUGUGUGCUUCUGCUGCAAACUUGCCAGAAGUGCCAGGUCACCUCUUUGACUGUGCUCGGAUAUUGGCUGCUGGUGACCUGCAACAAGACUUCAUGAAUACUCUCUACUCCUUUGUACGGACUCCAACUUUGGACAACAACAGCAAAAAUCUCUCCCAUGCACGCGGCGCUACCCGACUCUUGCGGAACCUUGUCGACGAACCACAUAACGGAGGAGGUUUCGUCCUCUGCUUAGGAGACUUUCUAGAGCAGUUGCAUUUUGCUGCACAGCAGGGCAUCUUUCGGUUUUGUUAUGAUAUCCUCAACGCUUUGCAUGGGAUACUUUCGAGCAAUCGCCUCAAGGCCGAAAUUGCCGCUAUUGACUUUACCAAAGCCGUGGAAAUCAUCCGGCUCUGCCUGCAAAUGACUCCUACGGGUCAUCCGCAAGCGAGCAUCCUUCGAGUAACUUCGCUGCAGAUCGCUGCUCAAGAAGAUGAAAAGGAUCGCCAAUACGAGCGACACUUUCGUGACCGAGAAACUAUAGCCAAAAGACUUUCCCAUGAUCUCCUGAGAAUAUGGGACUUGCUAUCCUUCCCCGAUCGGACUGCCAUCCACGAGCUCUUCCUGAUAUUCCCGCAAUAUGCUGGCCAGGCUCAGUUGACAAUGACUCUGGAUUACGCAAAGGACAAAUAUUUGUCGUCGAUGGAUCAUAUUGUCAGGAGGCAGUACUCGGACAAAAUUUACAAUGAUAUUGUUCUGAAUCACUCCCUACCCUCGGCUUGUCGCCUGAAGGGUAUCGAGGUUCUGGUCCAGGCUACCAAUUCCCCUGUAAGCACGUCACCGGGGCUCAGCACUGAGUCUCACUUAGCAUACACGUGGAUCCUGGACAAGUUGCUAGAUCAAAUUGAUGUUGAGCGCGAUGUCCAAGUCUUCGAAACAUUGCUCAAAUCGUUGAAUUACAUGGCUGCAAACUAUCAAGAGGCUGCAAGGGAACAGGCGUCAACCAUGCGCACGGUGGAGAAACUGCACACGUUGAUCAUUGAGGGUCCUGCAGGAGUUGCUUUCAGCGAUGAUCUAGCAAUAUUGGCGACAAAGGUUCUCGUGACAAUUUUCGGUUACAGCAUCCACACCGAUGCAAAGGCCGCUGUUAGGGCUUUUGAGGUCCUGCUGGAAACAGCCAGUUCUCGCUGUAAAUCCCGACCGGCUCGCCUUGUUUCGAAACACCUGCUUUUUAGGGUGCGAGCAGAUGACGCUGGCUUCAUCUACAUCACCUCUACGAACGAAAGUCAACACAUUGCCAGUGCGCUUGUACGCACGCGGGAAUCAGCCGAAGCAUACAACUGCGAGCUCCCUGCUUCGCAAAGGCAUUCUGCUAGCAGCAGCAGCCUGUCGACUAGAUCUGACACUGGUGACCCGUUGUGGAUGUAUCCAGAUACCGAAGAUGUCUCCUAUCCAUUUGCUGGGCGAGUAUCUAGUGUCCUCAAUGUUGAAAAAGGCGCAUACUCGCAGGUCGAAGCAGAACUCGAUAUGGACACAUGGCUCAUGAGCAUCAUACGAUGCCUUCAAGCCGACCAAGAUUGGGAGACCUACGGCUACACCGUUGUCCAUGCCGCGGCUCAACUGAGCAACAUUGCCCUCUUUCUGAACUCGAUACAAGCUGUCGUCAAGUUGCGGCAAGUGUUGUGUGAACAGAUUGUCAACAAUACCUUCCGAGAGCCGCCUCCUUCCACCGGGUUGAAGAAAUCAGACGUCGCCUUGUGCAUGUUCAAUAUGUUAGUUUCGUUGAUUCCUUAUGCUACAAUGAAAUCUGAAGCCGUUCAGAAAGGGUUUGGAGAUGACCUCGUCCGAGCCUUUCUUUCUGGUAUUGGAGGAGCUUGGGAGGGUACAGCGCGUGGCUGCAUUCAUGCACUCUCCCUCUGCAGCCUUGAGAUCCCUUCUUCGGUUGCCACCUUGUAUCCCACCAUGAUUGACAAGAUGUCGAAGAACAUGACACAGACCCAUCUCACGACACAUAUCCUGGAGUUUCUCAUACAAGUUGCACUGUUGCCAGAAAUGCACUCCAACCUCAAUCCAGACGAGAUCCAGAUGAUAUUUGGAAUCUGCAUUCGGUUCCUUGAGAAGACAAGAGAGCAGCAGCAGUCGUCGGUGACUUCACCACCCGGCAGAACCAACCCGACGUCACGGCACAGCGGAAUGAAUUUUCGACGGCCACCAUAUCGCGCGGUGAUCUUGAGCGACACUGGAUUGCCUCAAUAUGCUGCCGCAUUGGCUUACCAUAACAUGAUUUUCUGGUUCUUGUCCCUUCGACUGGAUAUUAGGGCGAAGUACGUGCCGUGGAUCAUUCCGAGACUCGUCUGGAAAAAUGCGCGUGGAGAAGAGACUAUUGACGAGCAGAGCCAAGUUCUGAUCGACAUGAUGCAGAGAACAGCAUUCUCAGACCUCGGAGAGACUUCUCCAGACCACAGCUUUGCAACUCCUGAAGAUGGACCAGUAUCAUCUGCCUCGUGGAUCGUCGGGCUCAGCAUCGUAACCGCGCAGACAGCCGGUCACACUGGGAAGACGCAGAUAACCAAACGCCAGGCUUCGGGCACCACAUAUGCAAGGUAUCAGCAGUUGACAGCUCCGUUGCCGUCUCACCACCGACCAGGCUACACUGAGAUUCGACACCAGGAAGCCACAACCGAAAUCCUUCCUCCGCAUAUCAUCCUUCAGAUGGUAGCUAGUGCAGCAACAACCAGCGCGGCUGACCAACCGCUACUCUUACCCCAAGAAGACUUCGUCCAACGGGCGCUUGAGAGCUUUGAUCGCAUUCCAACGGUUACUAGCCACAAGAUCGGCGUGCUCUACAUUGGCCCAGAUCAGACCGCUGAAUCUGAUUUCCUUGCAAAUACGAGUGGGUCUCCCGACUUUGAGCGUCUUCUGGACGGGCUCGGCUUUGUUGUGUCGCUGGAGCCACCGCUCAACUUCAAUCCUCAGGGCCUGGAAUACCCUCGGGACGGGAAGCAUAGCAUAGCGUGGCGGGAUCGGGUGGAGGAGAUUAUUUAUCAUGUGCCGACGAUGAUGCCGACGGAUCUGGAGGACGAUCCUCAAUGCAUCACCAAGAAGUCGCACGUCGGUAAUUGCCACGUCAACAUCAUUUUCAACCGAUCGGGGCUUGAAUGGGACUUUAACAACUUCAAGUCCCAAUUGAAUUAUGUGAAUAUUGUGAUCCGACCAGCCUGCCGUGGCCGAGAAACAACAGAUCCAGAUUUUAUGCCGGGCUUCUACUGGGUUCGGGUGGUUACAAGAGACGAUUUACCAAACAUAUCACCUGCAGCUGAUCCCAAGAUCAUCUCGGCUGCUCAGCUCGGGCCCUUUGUGCGAACACUGGCCCUGAAUGCCAACAUGUUCUGCCAAACGUGGAACACCAAAGACGACGACUUGGAGUUUCCAAGCGCUUGGAGGGCCAGAUUUCAACAGAUCAAAAGACUGAAAGAGCGUGUAAUGAGUAAGUCAGGUGACAAACAGGCACCGUCAGCUGGCUCAGUUGCAGCCAGCAGCAGCAGCAUUGCGCCUGGCGCAUCAAGCGGGAGAAGGACACCAAUACCGAGGGAGAAAGAUGGCGCUCUAGUAUCUCAACUGGACUUCAGCUCCUGGACCAUCUAA